UCACAGUAAGAAGAGGCUAUAAACGAGUCCAAUAGCCGAUGAUAAUAUAACACACGCGCUCAUUGCAACAACAAUAAGUAAAAGCGAAAAAUUUAGAAAUACAACAACACGUCAGCGGGUUUGGUCUGCAAUACGUGCAAAAAAUUCGACAAAAUAAAGAGAAAUAAACAUUUUUAUUGAAAUUUUCAAAUUCGUAACGAAACAUAGAAAUAUAAUUUUGUAAACAUAUCGAUUUCGGAAAUACAAAAUUCAUACGAAAGUUAAUGCUAAAUGUUUGCGAAAUUUCUCAACACACAAGUAAUGUGUUUUUACCGUUAAUUUUAGUAAACAAGUGCAAUGUGACUGUUUAGAAACAAAAAGUUUCCUUGAAAGAAAAACGCCACUAAACAAGUGUUUAUAAUAAAUUUGUGCUCAUUGUGCAAAACCAAAUAUUCAAGGACCCAGUGCAUGCGUCCUCAGUGUCAGCGUGAAUAACUUUCAGUGCAAAAAAAAAAAAGAACAUUUAACUACAGUGCCUUCUAAAGUGUUUUUUUUUUCAUCCACUGAGAUUGUUAAGCCAAUUAGUGGCAUUUCGAAAGAAAGACACAUAAAAAACAACUGCAAAUUGUAAAAAGUGCGAACAGCAAGCAGGCAACACAUAAUUAAGUCGCCAGUCAGCGCGUUGUAGUGUCACAGUUAUAGUGCAUAUAGAUAACGUUAAAGACCGCAAAGACUAACAAAGAAAUUACCCUAAGACCAACAUUUCAACCCUGAUGGCAACAACAGCACCGGCCAGCGCCCCCCUUAUCAGCCACAGCAGCUCCGCCAACAGCAGCAGCAGCAGCAAGCCGAUUACCAUACCCUUGCUUGAGCGCUUCACCAGCCAGCUAUCCACUGGUUCGGCCGACAGUGGCGUCGUUGUUGGUGGUGCUAAUUCUUCCAGCAGCAAUUCUGUGGCGUUGACUAGAAAAAGCCUUGCCGCCAACUGUUCAUUGGAUACGCGCUGCAAUUCGCUAUGUCUGCAUGGCACGAAUGUCAAAUGGCAGCUCCAGAAGCUGAAGCAGCCCACCAAUAAACAGUUGCUGUCGCAGGAUAGUGGCAUCGAUGCCGUUGUCGAUGGCGGUAGUGGCGGCACAUUGGCCGCUGAUGGCGACGCAGAUUCGACUGCCGGUUCGCGGCAACAACUUAAGUCCAUGCAGUGUUCGUCGUCCAGCAGUGAGUCGCUGGGCGGCAAUUCAUCGGGCCUGUCGCUGUCCAAAUACUCGGAGGAUGGCGGCGAGUCGGAGAACUCGUCGGGCAUUUGCAUGAGUGUCGGCAAUGGCCGACGCAUUAAGUAUCGCAAUAGCGCCAGCACCUGCACUCAAGGUUUAGAGGACCGCAUCGAAGAGGUAGACAUACCAGACGAUUACGACGAGGAGGAAGACGACGUGGAUAAUGACGACGUCAAUGUAGACGAAGACGAUGAUGAAGUCGAUGUGGGCGUAGAUGAUGAUUUGGACGUGGAUGAGGAUGAAGACGUUGAAAGCGAUAGCGAUUCGGGUAAUAACUCGGGUGUUGUGGGCGAAACAGGCAGCGCCUCCAUGCCCACAACGAUCGGUACACUCAACGGCUCCUUUGGCAAGAUCGUGCCAACGAAAGCGCUCGGCGUCAAAGAACCACCGGCAGCGAUUCAAUUGAACAUCAAGUCGUCGCUACAUGCGCCGCAGUGCGCCUCAGCGCCGGUAGGCAGUGUUACUUACUCAACGUCCCACCACAAAGCCAAUGAAACAAAUAAGCCAACCACUAGCAGUAGUAAUCAUAAUAAUCUAAACAAUAAUCGUAGUAGUAGCACUAGAGACCAUAGUAGUAGUAGUAGUAAACCGCAAGCAGCCACUAAGUCCAAAAAUCCCGAAUCACAAGUAUUGGCCACUGAUGGCAAUUAUUAUUUUCCGCUGCUGAAAAUCUCCGACGAUCCGUACAUUGAUUCGAAAUUGAUUAACAAGAAGGAUGGCCUACAGGACACCAUGUACUAUCUGGACGAGUUCGGCAGUCCGAAAUUGCGCGAGAAAUUCGCACGCAAACAGAAGGAGAAGGAACAGAACCAACAGAAGGCGCAAAGGAAGCAAAGCAAACGCGAAGAGGAGCGUAAGAAGCGCACAACAUUGGCGCCGAACGCCACUGCUGUAUUCACGACUGACAAGCAAACCGCUAACAGCGGCGCGACAAUGGAGUCCAAAAAACCAAGCAACGUCAUAGACGCUGCUGCAAACUGUGAUGAUAGCUCCAAGGAGCAAAGGCAAAGUAGUAGUUAUAAGCACAAAUGCGAUGCUGCGGCUGGGAGUGAGCACAAGACCGCUAAUGAGGCGGAUACGCGCAUUACAGCGAGCAACAAGUCGCUGUCGACCGCAUCCUGCGUGACCUGGAAUAAAGUAUUUCGCAAGUUCAAAACUGUUUUAGGCAGAGAUGGUUCCAAGAUUACAACAGUCGUCGCCACACCUGGCCAAGGUACUGACCGUGUGCAAGAAGUUUCCUACACAGAUACCAAGGUGAUCGGCAAUGGUAGCUUUGGCGUGGUCUUUCAAGCGAAAUUAUGCGAUACCGGCGAGCUGGUAGCUAUCAAGAAAGUUUUACAAGACAGACGAUUUAAGAAUCGUGAAUUGCAAAUUAUGCGCAAACUGGAGCAUUGUAACAUUGUAAAACUUUUGUAUUUUUUCUAUUCGAGUGGUGAAAAGCGUGAUGAGGUAUUUUUGAAUUUAGUUCUCGAAUAUAUACCAGAAACCGUAUACAAAGUGGCACGUCAAUAUGCCAAAACCAAGCAAACGAUACCAAUUAAUUUUAUACGGCUCUAUAUGUAUCAACUAUUCAGAAGUUUGGCUUACAUCCAUUCAUUGGGUAUCUGUCAUCGUGAUAUCAAACCGCAAAAUUUACUCUUGGAUCCAGAGACGGCUGUGCUGAAAUUGUGCGAUUUUGGCAGCGCCAAGCAACUUUUACACGGCGAACCGAAUGUAUCAUAUAUUUGCUCGCGGUAUUAUCGUGCACCGGAAUUAAUAUUUGGCGCCAUUAAUUACACUACAAAAAUUGAUGUGUGGAGCGCCGGCUGUGUAUUAGCUGAAUUACUACUCGGCCAACCAAUUUUCCCCGGCGAUUCUGGUGUCGAUCAAUUGGUUGAGGUCAUCAAAGUUUUGGGCACACCGACACGAGAACAAAUACGCGAAAUGAAUCCAAAUUACACGGAAUUCAAAUUUCCACAAAUUAAGAGUCAUCCAUGGCAGAAAGUUUUCCGUAUACGCACUCCGACAGAAGCUAUCAAUCUGGUAUCACAACUGCUCGAGUACACGCCCAGUGCACGUAUAACGCCACUAAAGGCGUGCGCACAUCCAUUCUUCGAUGAACUGCGUCAAGAGGGCAACACUACAUUGCCCAAUGGUCGGCCUAUGCCGCCAUUAUUUAAUUUCACAGAGCAUGAACUAUCGAUACAGCCAAGCUUAAUCCCACAAUUGUUGCCAAAACAUCUGCAAAAUAACAGCGCAGGUCGACCGGUUGCCGGUGCUGGUGGCGAGGGUGCUUCUGGCUCAGCAUCAAAUCCGUCAAGUGGCGCCGGUACGCCAGGCGGCGCAACUUCCCAAGCAACUUCAGGCACACAAUCGAGCGCAUCAGCUACAACCAGCAGUGGCGGCGGCAAUGCAACAGUGGCCAACCCAUCGUCCAGCGUCUCAGCUGCUGCGGCAAGUAGCGGCGCGCCUUCAGCGGCACAAGCAGCGCAAGCGAGCGGCGGCGAUGCGGCCAACAGCAGCAAUGGCGGUAACCAACAGCAAGCGUCUGCCAGCGGUGCGGCAGCAGCCGGCGCGGGUGAUGCCACUUCGAUUUCAAGCGCCGGUGGCGCCAGUGGCGGCAAUGGCAAUGGCGGCGGCAGUGGUGGCAGCAAUAAUAGCGGCGGCGGCGGCGGCAAUGGCACACAGCCGCAACAGACAGCGACGACAAUGGGUUAGCGAGCUGCAAACGAAGAAAAUGGAGGGCCUAUUAAUUCUAAUAAGAAUAAUUAAAUUUAAAAACAUAAAAUAUAUAAAAGCUAAAAUAAAAAGAGAAACAUUUAAAAAUAAAAUAAAUAAUGCUAAAAAUAUAUACAUACAUAGAGAAAAAUAGUACGAGUACAGAAAGCAAAAACCGAAAAUAUAGAAUGGAAAACAUUAAAACAAAACACUAACAUAAAAUUAAUUAUAUCUUAUAUAAUAAAUAAUACAUAAUUAUUAAAAGUAAAAAAAGCAAAAAAGGUAAAAAAUUUGAAAAAAAAUAUUUGCAAAAAAAAAUUAAAACUUAAUUUGAAAAGGAAAUAACUUCGUUAAGUUGUUAAAUGAGUAACAACAAUAACAACAAAACAAGAAACACAGCAAAGCGAAGUGUGAAUUUGAUUUUGAAUGUUAUGAUUAAUUUAAUUAUUAGCAGAAAGCAUAGUUAGCAGUACAGUGCAGGCAGUUAGUAAGCGUAUAGCGGCAUAUAAAAAAGUAAAUAAAAAUGUGCAUAAAAAAGUUAUGGAAAAUCAGUAAAACAGAAGAAUACUAAUCAAUUUCAUAUUGAUAGCAACUAAAAAUACACAAAAAUAACAACAACAAAAAAUUAUAAUAAUAUUUAAAUGAAAACACUAUUUAAAUUUAUUAUUAACAAAACAUAAAAAAUAAUAAAGAAAAAACUUAGCUUAAAUAAUAAUAAUCUGAAUAAAAGAUCACACAUUUGAGUUGUAUAGUUGAGGACUACAAAUGUCACUGAUGCUGAUUGAAAAUGAGUAGGGGCUAGUUAAGGCGCAUAUAAA